UUGUCAAAUAAAACACACCAAAUAUCCAUCAAACUUUCCACAUUUGCAGAAUCAAGGUCCUACAAAGGUUGUCUUCAAGGUCUCCCCUUUCAAAGACAAUUUUUUCUUUCGUCCAUCUUCCCCUUUACCGUCACCACGACCACACUCGUAGGCGGUCUUGACGUCAAGGUCCUGGGCGGCAACACUGCGAGACCAGGAAAAGACGAAAGCGUUCACGGACUCGGACUUCACGGCUCAGAUGGCAGUGGUGGUGGCGGCGGCGGCCGCGGCGGUGUCCUCAACGGAAUGCACACUUUCCUUUCCGGAGGACAUCUGAUGAAUGAGAGCAGUUGCAUGAGUGGCGGCGGCGGUGGUGGCAGUAGCCUCAGCGGCAGCGGAGAGGAUAGCGGCCGUUUGGACUGUUCGCUGUUGUCUCGCUUCUCGACAGAAAUGGCGGCUACAACAUAUCCGAACAGUUUUGCGAACGAGGAGAGCAAAGGAUACAAACGCCAUCCCGUCGAAGAGGCAAAUAAACGAAAUCCUCUUUAG